ACAAAAUCUAAAGAGCAAAAUAAAAAAUAAAAAACCAGUGAGAUUGAUUACUUGACUUAAACAUUUGUUUGAUUGACAUUUCGUUGGUUUGUUUGUUCAAUUGACUGACACAAUGUCAAGUGCCUUGUGCUGUAAGAGUUGCUGUCGGCAUUUGCUGCGUUUGCUUUUCGUUUUGCUGUGCAUUGUCCUGCUGAUGCCCAAGUCCUGCAGUGGCGGACGUAUCAGUCGAUCGGCCUUUCUGGACGAUAAUGCCCAAGUGCGUUCGGUUGUUGUCGAUCCCAAUAAUCGUACGAUUUGGAACAUGUUCAAUUUAACCGAUGCCCAGGUGCGAUUCAUACAAAACCGCACAAAUCCCAACAAUCAAGAUGAGACCACCCAAACAUCGAGCCAUCGUCAUCUGCAGCAUGUUGCCUCGCGUCGUGUCAAUGAAAUAUUUAAUCUGAUACGCAAUGCGGUGACCAAUCAAUCGGAUGGAACUACCAAUAGAGAUUCUCUUGGGGCAACAGCAACCCAAACACAUGGCCAGAAGACACUGCACGAGAAGGCGGGCUUUCCCAUUUGUAAUGCCGAGACAAGCAUUCUAAAUUGGCAACAAUCAACGAAUGUUACUCUACAAUUUGCCAGCAGCAUAUUCCAGAGAUCGGCCGGGGAUAGUCUGAGCUUGGAUAGCGCCCUAUUGCGUCUCUAUAAGAUAGAUCCGAAUAAUAAGUCAGCCGCAGAGCCAACAGCCACAGCUGAGACUACAAUUUGCCCCGAACCGGAACUACUUGACUCGCAGAUACGUGUCACCGUCUCCAUAGUCCAUCAGCAGAAGAAGAAACGUAAGUUAGAGCGCAAGAAGCGUACUUGCAAUACCGUAAUGCUAAGCAGUUCGAAAAUCGGUUGGGUCGAUAUCGAUGUGAAAUGCGCCCUUAACUACUGGGAACAACAGCAGUGUCAACAUUCGCAUUCUCCACUCCCAGCCAGUGUGGUGGGAAUGCUGAUGAUUGAGGUCCAUGAUGAUGAGGAGAAUCAAUUGAAACCGGGUCUCUACUUUGAGCAACCGAAAUGCGAUCAGGCAGAUCCUGCAAUCCCAUGGACCGUAUACGGAGCAAAAACGCCUUUGCCUUGUAUGGAAAACCGCACGAUGCCCAGAUACCCAAGGUUAGAUGUACGUUUCACCGGCGAUGCACAGUUUGUUAGUCUAGCAGGCGAAGAAUCGGAAUCGGGAUCAGAAUCAAAGGAUGAAUCAUCGUUGAGUAACAAUUCCAGCAAUAAUUCAUCCACAAUUGAUAAUACGCUCGAUGCCGAAAAUCUUGAUACGGAGGAGAUCAAUGGAGAUGAUAGAUUGGAUUUACAGCAGCAGCAGCAUCGCAGGCGUCAUCAUCAUAGCCACAGCCAAACAACAUCAUCGGCUCAUCAUCAUCAUCAUCAUCAUAAUCAAUAUAAUCAUCAUCAUCAUAAGCAUCAUCAUGUAUUGGCUCACAAACAACAACAACAACAACAGCAGCAGCAACAGCAACAACAGGAAUAGAUCGAUUGAUAAUUAAUCCAAAUCGGAUCUAACUCAUAAAUUUCCCCACCUUCCAAACCUCCCCCUCUCUCCCACUCUCUUUCUCUUAUCCAAUUCUUCUUUUCCCUUUUUAUUUUAUAAUUUUUUUUUUACAUCUUUCAAGAGCCAAUUGACUUAAUUAGUUUAUUAGUUUUUUCACUUUUUAAAUUAUAAACGUAAACAAAAAACAAAAACAA